ACGAUACCAAAGUACUACAUAUAUCAUGGGUUUGGCAGAUUAAACCGCUCAUAAUUACUUACAUUAAUGGUAAGUAAUAAUGCUACUUUCACUUUCAAGCAUAUUUGGCAUUAAAAGUAAGAGCUUAAGGUUCAACUUCUACCAAUAUCAGACAAGCUUAGCAGGUUCACGAUGGUUGUUAAUCCUUCAAUCUAUCCAAUGUGUAAAUCCCAUGAGGAUACAUUGGAACACUUAUUCUUCCAAUGCAGUAAAGUUUAACCAAUAUGGUAUUAUUUCAUGGGAAUUUUGGGCAUCAAGAGGGUGUCUAUGGGUGUGUUCUGCAGGCAUUUAGAAAUUGGUGGACAAAAGCAGUGUCAAAAGACCUAUUUUUCGGGAAUUAUAUGUUAGCAUGUCUGGAAAGUCUACUCAAAUUAUAUUUGGGGAUCGGGGAUACUAUCCCAUCUACAGAUCAUCUAAUCCUUCAAAUUAAACCAUAUACUCAGAGAUGGUUUUUGACGUUGGAAAGAUUGAAGAUUCGCACAGUUAAUAACAUUCGAGCAUAUUAUUUCACAUCAUUUCAAUGUCUCAGGUCCCAAAAUCCAAACAAUAAAGUGGAGAAAACCGAGAGGUAGAUCAAAACUCAACACAGAAUGAGAAAUCGACCGGUGGUGCGGUUCUACGUGAUGCAAAUGGAGAGGUUGUCUUGGCCUUCAGCUUCCCCGUUGAAGCUUCUUCUCCACUUGAAGCGAAAACUGAAGACCAUUAUAUUUGCGUUGAAGCAGACGGUGAGCGAAGGUUUUAGCAAUUUCCAGAUGGGAUCAGAUUCUACUAUGGCGCUGCGUUUUUUGGAAGAUAAAGGGGUGUGAUGGUAGAAGGAUAUUAUUCAGGAAAGCACAGCCAUUGCGAUUAGGAAAGGGAUUGAUUUCGGACAUACGCUGAGAGAGCGGAACUGGG